AUGAGGAAGCUUUGUCCAAAUAUUGAUAAAGAAGAUGGCCUUGAGACUGUUCUUGAGGUCCCUAUACCAGAAGAGAUGUUCACAGGCAUGGGAAGCAAUGUGCAGGUGCGAUUGCAAAACAUGAUGACAUGGAUGAAGGCUCAAACCUCCGACAAAUGGUCGGCCCCAGUCAUCGCGGGACGGUUGAAUGAGCUACGGUUCUUGCUUUACCUUGUAGGCUCUCCUCUUAUCCCUCUUCAAGUUCAGUUGGGUCAUUCCAUCCACCGUCCAGUUAGAGAUUCUUCCAUUCAAGCUUCAACAGCCAAAUACAUAGUGCAACAGUACACCGCUGCAACCGGAGGCCAAGCAGCAUUGAACUCGGUGAACAGCAUGUGUGUGACCGGCGAGGUUAAGAUCAGUGCGUCGGAUUUUCAACAAGGGGACGUGAGCCUAGAGGUGAAAAGGAGCUCGGCCGAGAGCGGCGGCUUCUUGCUGUGGCAAAAGAACCCGGACUUAUGGUGCUUAGAGCUUGUUGUUUCUGGCUGCAAGGUCAUCUGUGGAAGCAAUGGCAAGCUUUCAUGGCGGCAUUCCUCUAACCAACAAACACCCAUCUCUCAAGGCCCCCCUAGACCCUUGCGCCGUUUUCUUCAGGGUUUGGACCCAAGGGCCACCGCCAAUUUAUUCGCGGAUGCAAUGUGCAUCGGCGAAAAGAUCAUCAAUGACGACGACUGCUUCAUCCUCAAGCUGGACACAAGCCCAGCAAUUCGAGAGACACAGAGCGGCCCAAACUACGAGAUAAUCCACCACACAAUAUGGGGAUACUUCAGCCAGCGCUCGGGGCUCCUCGUACAAUUCGAAGACUCGAGGCUGCUGAGGAUGACCAACAAAGCGGACGACACAGAUGUGUUCUGGGAGACGAGCACUGAGUCUGUGAUACAAGAUUACAAGUACGUUGACUCCGUCAACAUUGCUCACAGUGGGAGAACUAGGGUUAAGGUUUUCAGAUAUGGCGAGCAGUCUGCAAACCACAAGAGGGAGAUGGAGGAGACGUGGAAGAUCGAAGAAGUGGAUUUUAAUAUUUGGGGUUUGACCAUGGAGAGCUUUUUGCCUCCUGCUGACAUAAAGAAGCAAGGGUGA